UUCACCAAAAUGGAGGGAAGGUUUACUGUUUCUCUUUGGCCGUAUGAAUUUCUAAACUUGUUGAACAUGAAGCAAGAGUCUGACCAAGAAUGAGUCGAUACACUCGACGGGAUUUGUGGGCAUUGUCAAAUUUGCUUUACCUUUCAGUACUUGUACAUCCACUUGUAUUUGUAUGUACCCUUUUGUACAAAGAGCUUACAGAUACCACACACAUUCACUUUCACUCUAUUCUCGCCUCAUAAACCACUGCCUUUCAUUCACUUCUUUGCAAUUACUUCAUGGGAAAUUGAUUAAACUUGGUAUUAACAAGAAUACUUUUCUGGGUAAUUGUUGCCUUGACUUGUAUAGCAAGUUUGGUGUAAAAAUUGAUGCUUUAAAAGUAUUUGAUGAAAUACCCUGCAAGAAUAUUGUGUCAUGGAAUAUAUGGUUAAAAGUGCAUGUUCAGUCGGGUGAUGUUAGUAGUGCACGCCAAUUGUUUGAUGAAAUGCCUGAGAGGGAUGUUGUGAGUUGGAAUUCCAUGAUUUCGGGGUAUGCUUCAUAUGGGUUGUUUGAGAAUGCUUUGGGUGUUUUCUUGGAAAUGCAAAAGUAUAGUAUUAGGCCUAGUGGAUAUACUUUCUCGAUAUUGGUUUCGUAUGUAGAGUUUGCUUUCCAUGGCAAGGAAAUACAUGGAAAUAUGCUAAGGAAUGGUGUGGAUUUGUCUAAUGUGGUGGUUGGGAAUUCACUGAUUGAUAUGUAUGGAAAGCUUGGGCUAGUGGACUAUGCUACAUGUGUCUUUUUAGCCAUGGAGACAAUGGAUGUUAUUUCAUGGAACUCAUUGAUUUCGGGAUGUUGUAAAUCAGGGUAUGUAGAUACAGCCCUGUCUUAUUUCUCUUUGAUGAGGACUUGCAAAUAUUCACCGGAUGAGUUCACAAUGUCAUCAGUGCUUAUUGGCUGUUCUAACUUGCGCAGUUUGGAGAAGGGUAAGCAAAUCUUAUGUCUUUGCAUAAAGAUGGGUUUUUUGUGCAACACGAUUGUUUCAAGUGCAGCAAUUGACUUGUUUUCUAACUGCAACAGAAUUGAGGAUUCAGCUCGCAUAUUCAAGGAUUCAAAUGUUUGGGAUAUAGCUCUAUGCAAUUCGAUGAUUUCGAGCUAUGCACUGAACAGUUUAGAAGAAAACGCCUUGCCUCUAUUUGUCCUAACUUUAAGGAAAAAUAUUAGACCUACUGAGUUUACACUCAGCUGCAUUCUUAGCUGUGUUACAACCUUCCCUGUGGAUCUGGGGAUUCAAGCUCAUUCUUUGGUCAUCAAGUUAGGCUUUGUAUCAGAUCCUGUUGUUUCCACUUCACUUGUAGAUAUGUACUGUAAAUACGGAUUGAUUGAUUCCGCCUCAAAUAUUUUCAAUGACCUACUGACAAGAGAUUUGAUAUCGUGGAACACCAUGAUCUUUGGGCUGGCUAUCAAUGGUGAACCUACCAAAUCACUCGGCCUUUAUUAUGAACUACUUGAAGUCGGUGGUCAGCCAGAUCGAAUAACAUUGACUGCGCUUCUUUUAGCUUGCAGCUAUGGUGGGUUUGUGGAUGAAGGUAUAGCUAUAUUUUCUUCAAUGGAAGAUGUAUAUGGAGUUAGACCUGGCAUUGAGCACUACACUUGUGUUGUGGGCAUGAUGAUUAGGUCUGGUAAACUUAAAGAAGCUGGAGAUAUAUUACAAAAUAUGCCUCGUGAGCCCAACAGUGAAAUAUGGGAAUCAAUACUUCUUGCUUGUGAUAUUUAUGGGGACUUGAAAGAAACGGAAAAGGUUGCAGGGAAGAUAAUGGAGUUAGCACCAGAAUCAUCUCUUCCUUAUUUGGUGCUAGCGCAAGUAUACGAGUCCAGGGGAAGAUGGGAGAGCCUUGUUCGGGUCAGAAAGGAGAUGAAAGAGAGAAUAGAAAAUAAAGUAGCUAGUUACAGUUGGAUUAGUGUAUGCAACUGUGUAAUUAUGUUCCAAGCAGACCAAUUUCUUAGUUGUGGCAGUAAGGACAUAGGCAUUUAUUCAACGUUGAGGCUAUUGACAGAGGAUACAUGGGAUAAAGGUUUAUGUCUAUCAGUUGGAACUGGGAGUAAUAGCUGCUAAACAGAUGAGUAUAGUGCACAGAUAGAAAAGCAAAAUUUAAAAUUGAUUCUUAAACAAUGGGCAAAGCUUCAAGUUUGUUUUUGCUAUUGAUGUGGAUUUGCUUUAAGUGGCAUUCAAGGUCUGAAUUUGAUUCAUUGCAUCAAAAAGGAUAAAAGCUUUUCCAAAGUUCAAAAUUUCCACAUGCAUAUGAUGGAGAACCAGUAAGGGGAAAAAGGAUACUCGCCUUGUUUCAGGAUGCAGAAUUGGAGCCAUCCAUAGAACUCAGACUGUUGCAUCUGACAAAAACCUAUAUUUUGAAACUUAAGAUGCCUAGCUGUUUUAUUUUGGCCCAUUAGACUUCAUCAAUAUGAGAUAAUUCUUUCAGCUAGAGUAGUAAUUUUAUACGUCUUAAUCAAGACACAAACAUCUUUAGAGAACGAUGAUUGUCCCGUUGCGGAUAUCACUCAUAUAACCGGUCCAUGUCUUGGAUGCCUCAUCGUAGAGUUUGAAGGCUGAGAGAUGCUGAGUUUGACAGGAAGAUUAAAAGGUACAGAAAAUUUCCGGUUCUCCAUGUAAUUGCUAAAAGGAUCUGGAUAAAUCCUGCUUAUUAUUUAGGUAGCUUCUUCUUCUUCUUCUUCUUCUUCUUCUUCUUCUUCUUAAGUUUGUUAUACUCCUAUCUCUGAUGAAGUUGUUUAUGACCUGAAAGAUCUACUUCGAUGGACAUGAAAAAAGGGCAUAAAAGUGGUGAAAUAUAGUUGUUGUACUUGUCGUCCACCUCUUGGAAUAAGUUGUCUUAUUAAAUACAGUUUCGUUUAAACUUACUUUUGGCUAGAAAUUAUGCCUCUUAUGUAGAUGUAAUGUGAAAUCUAUAGAACUCUAUGUUGUAAAGGGACCAGAAAACCGUUGAUAAUAUGGAAGAAAGGCUAGAGCAGGACAGUUGAGACCUUCAGAGAACCUGUGCAACUCUUUUUUGAACCCUUAAAAGUUCAAUGUCUCUUUGUACUUUUCUGUUGUCCAUGCAUUAAUCGAAGUACUAUAUUUUUCGUUUGAAAAUAUCAUAUGAUUCUUGCUUAACGUACAAUAAUUUUACAUUGAACUAGAUAGGAAUACUCUUCAUCUUUGUAAUACUUAAAUUUAGAUGGUUAGAUUAUUCUAAAGCUU